AUGGCUUCCGCUCAAGUGAUCUCGAACUCAGGGCAUGAGGAGAUGAUUCAUGAUGCCACCUUGGAUUAUUACGGCCGCAGAUUGGCAACAUGUUCCUCCGACAAGACAAUAAAGAUCUUUGAAGUUGAGGGAGAGUCACACCGUCUCCUCGAGACGUUGAAGGGUCACGAGGGCGCGGUGUGGUGUGUCGCAUGGGCUCACCCCAAAUUUGGCACAAUUCUGGCCUCAUCCUCCUACGACGGCAAGGUCUUGAUCUGGCGCGAACAACCCCAGAAUGCUACCUCCCCCGCUGGCGGCAGCUCAUGGACCAAGGUAUUCGACUUCUCCCUUCACACUGCUUCCGUGAACAUGGUCUCCUGGGCCCCCCAUGAGAGCGGAUGUCUUCUUGCUUGCGCUUCCUCCGAUGGCCAUGUCAGCGUGCUCGAGUUCCGUGACAACAACUGGACCCACCAAACUUUCCACGCCCACGGCAUGGGUGUCAACUCCAUUAGCUGGGCUCCCGCCGCCUUUGCUGGCAGCCUGAUCAGCUCCAACCCCGGACCCGGUCAACAGCGCCGCUUCGUCACUGGUGGCAGUGACAACCUGGUCAAGAUCUGGGAUUACAACGCCGAAUCCAAGUCUUACAACCCUACUCAAAACCUCGAGGGUCACUCGGACUGGGUCCGGGAUGUGGCCUGGUCUCCCAGCAUCCUCUCCAAGUCCUACAUUGCCUCAGCUUCGCAAGACAAGACCGUUCGUAUCUGGACCUCCGACAUUUCCAACCCAGGCCAGUGGACCAGCCAAACACUCGAGUUUGAUACUGUUCUGUGGCGCGUGAGCUGGAGUCUCAGCGGUAACAUCCUUGCCGUAAGUGGAGGCGACAACAAGGUCAGUUUGUGGAAGGAGAAUCUCAAGGGCCAGUGGGAGAAGGUCAAGGAUAUUGAAGAGUAG